ACACAGGAAACGUUGUUUUAAGGGCGACUGUGAUGUCUUCACAUUUCUGCCAUUUAUAUAGAAUGUUACGCAAGUUACAAUGUCAAAGCGACAUGUCAGCUGUGGGAACAACUGCGGUUCUCGUACUAUCACUUCUGCAUUUUUGACAUAGCUUAUUUUCCCGGAGAUACUUCAAAUCCCAUCAUGCCAAAUAUGACGCGGUCAUGACAGAGGUGUGCGAACAUACGUCGCAGCAGCAGGAGCAGGCAAGGACAAGCUUUUUUGGAGUACAAGAAGGAGGAGGGGAAGCAGCUCCUGCUUAUCACUGCGCAAUGGGACCCAUCCUGCAGGAACAAGCGUCAACUUCGCUCAAAAGGGUGACAGCUAAAGACAAAAUACGCAUGAAAAAUGCUGAAAAUGCGGGAGCUGUUAAUUCCAGCUCUAAGAAAGGCAGCAAGGUGAUACAGAACCAAAGGCCUCCAAAGAGGACAGGGACUUCUUUUAGAAAUGGCCAGGACAAGGAAUCUUUUCCAAAUACAGACAAAGGGUCGCAACAACAUUGUGGAAAUAGAGCUAAAGCUGAUCUUAGUCCUCUCACUGGCAAUAGAAAAAUACCAAGACCACAGGCAGAGAGUGAUGUGAAGUCUCACCAGCCAAGGCGGACCCCGGCGUCCGGGCCUGAGGAGAGACGACUCACACAGGCCCAGCAGCAGCCUGCGUGCUGUGGCGAGGGGGACCGAAACCACACGGCCCCGGCCAAGAGUCAUCGUGAUCUGUCCCUGCCUCUGGCCCCCCAGACUGUGCUGCACCACAAGGCACUGCAGAAAUUGCAGCAGCAGCAGCAGCAGGUUCCUACCCUUGAGUCCCUGCACUUGUUCGAGUCCAAGGAGGACGAUACGGACAGCGCCAGUGAUUUAUCGGACUCGGAGAGGCUGCCAGUGUUGCCCUCGCCCUGCACGCCACCUCAGCUCAACCUGCGUGCGGAGGUCAUCAAUUCUGUCGACCUACUUCCCGACAUCCCGGGGCCCAGGACGGAGGUGGUGGAUCAUGACAGCGACCAACCCUACAGCUACCCAGACUUCCUGCCCCCGCCGUUUAACACUUGGAGCCUGAGACAGCUCGCCAUCUUCCUGAACACGGAGGGCAAGGGCGCUCCUCGGCCCAGACCAGUGGGCCAGCUGGAGAAGUACCUGGAGCGCCUGCUGCAGCUGGAAUGGCAUCAGGUGCAGACCGUCCAGACUGAGAGUGGACGGCAGGUAGCCCCAACUUUGCGCUCCAGGGGGAACGCUGGCGGUUCGUCCUCCUCCCCCAUGGGCUCCGGUCACCAGCGGCCCCACACGGCGCCCCCAACCCGCCUGAACUCCCCGAAGAGUCUCAGGCAGAACCAGCAGCGGGGCCUGCCCUUCGCCCUGCUCUCCUCCCUCCCCAGCCCCUCGUCUGCCCAGCUCUCUCGCCCCGUCUGCCCCUACUGCCACAUCCGCUACCCGCUCUGCAACGGGACCUGCUACUCGUAUGCCUACCACCGCCACUCCCGCCUCAGCCCCCUCCUGGAACGCAAGGCCCCCCCUUCCCCCACCCCGCUGCCCACACCCCCUCUCUCCCAGAAGAGGAGCAGCAGCGAGAGUCGUGCCACCACGUCAGACAGCAAGCUGAACGCCCGCGGGCCGAGGGACCCCGGCAGCCCCCAGACGGGCAAGAGCCACCUGAGGCACAUGCAGGCCACUGGCAACUUCCGCCGGCCAUCUCACGACGCCAGUGCCAACGGGAAGUCUGUGGCUGCUUCCAGCCGAAAAGGUCGCGGAGGGAAGGCUCUCGAGUUCGACAGGCAGAGGGAUAAUACCGUGACAAAAAGUGUUCAUGAGAAGUGCACUACCCCGACCAACAAACAGGAGAUGAGUCUUGGGAAAAGGUGCGAGAAGGACAGACAAGGUGGUGAGUCCAGAUGGGUCAAAUCAGGUGUUAGACGACCAGAGAAUUGUCCACCUUCGAAGAAGAUACCUGCGUCACGCUCCAGCGGGAAAUUGAAGAACGGUCAGUGUCUAAUAAAAUGAUCUCAUUUCUCAUAACUGCACAUGUGAAAGCCUUUAUGUAGUGCAUAAUAACAUUGGAUGUUUUCAUUUAUGAAUGUUGAUUAUAAGCUGCAUUAAGUGCACUAUUUACAGUUGUAACUGGUUACCAAAAUGUCAAGAUAUUUUUCCUGCCCUUAUAUAAGGAAAUAAGGAAACCAUAUUGAAUAAAGAAUGGUACUGUAUCAUUUUUGUUUCAGCUCAUUAAAUGUAAGUGAUCAUAGGAUUGUAAGUGCUAUGAUUAUGAAUUGUAUGUUUUUUUAAGAUGAAUAAUGUUUCCUUGAAGUAAUGUUUCCUCAUAUUUACUGCAUUCAUAUUUUAAGGGCUUUCAAUGUGGCUUGUGUACUUUAAUUUAUAAAACCUUGUUUGAGUUCCUCAGUAGAUAGUUGCAAAUGCCCCAAAUGUAUAUUUUAGGAUUUUCUACAUCACAAGUCUAUUUAUGAUAAACAAUGCUAUAUUUAUUUGAGACUGGCAAGGAGAACCUGGUCACUACAGAAGAUGUGAACAUGAUGCAAAGAAUGAAGUUAAAAGUAUAUUUUUCUGUAUUCGUUGUAGUGUGUGGUAAGUAAAUUGUGAUAAAAAUGAAUUUCCCACAAAUACAAUAUAUUUUGCUUUUUAAAACUAGUUGUACAUACUAACAGUAUGCCAGUUUGAAACUGGAAAAUAACUGCACUAAUUUCUUGUCUCAGAAAAGGUUACAUUGAAUGCUAUAUUGUUGCCCAUGUGUUUUGCAUGUACACAGUUUUGUAAGGAAAAUAGUACAGGACUCUAUCGUUCCUAGUAUUUGAUUGUUAACUUUACUUUAUUAUGAAAUAUAAUGUACAUGCUGUUGGAGUAGCAUUGUUAAAAUACUGUCUGGUUGAGGUGUCCCAAGCUAUUGCAUUGCAGCAUAUUAUUACAGAGAUCUUAAUGUACAUGCACUGUAGCUGUGUCAAACUCAUCAGGGAAACUAGACAUCUCCAUGGUCAUCAGUGUGGUUGAUUGUAGAACAAUACCUCAGUGUCAUUCUCAUCUAGGACUGUGAAUACUUUAGAUAUUUUUUCAAACUCGGAAAUAAAACAAUGCCAUGACA